ACGUUUGUGCUCUCGGUCUUGUAAGAGUAAAUCAACAUUUCAAAUAAUUUAAAUUUUGUUUAAAACAUUUAAACGAUUAUUUAAUUGGCCCAACACAAAUACUUGCACUGCAUGCCCAGUUCAAAAAAAAACCCAAAUCGGAGUGUAUAAUUACAGUGAUAAAUAUCUAGUGUUUCUUAUAUUUUUUUAUAAAUAUUAUGACUUUACAAAGUAUAUAAAAAUAUAGUGAUCACAUAAAUACAUAUUAAAUCUCAGAGGAUUUAUACAAAAGAUAAAUUUAUAUAUAUUUUUAAAAUAAUUAUUUUUAAAAAUAUAUUUCAUUAUGUCGUCAAGGAAACCGACUGUACAGUCGACUGUUUUAAGUAAUGGAGAUACAUACUGUGAUGCAAGUAAUCUAAUGAAGAAAAAUAAUAAUUAUACACAAAAUAAUAAUAAUAAUAAUAACAACGAGAACAAUAAUAAUAAUAAUAAAGAAAUUUAUAUACCUAAAAUAAAAUGGUUAGACCUAAGUGUACAGAUAUUUAUUCAUGCCGGAUGCCUUUAUGGAAUCUACCUCAUAUUUACAAAAGCCAAAUUACUCACAAGUCUAUGGGCUUUUAUGACAAUAUAUAUGUCGGGAUUUGGUAUCACUGCAGGAGCACACAGACUUUGGUCUCACAGAGCAUAUAAAGCCAAAUGGCCACUAAGAUUACUUCUCGUUUUUUUGUUUACAAUAGCAGGCCAAAGACAUGUCUACGCAUGGGCGUUAGAUCACCGAGUUCAUCAUAAAUACAGUGAGACAGACGCUGAUCCCCAUAAUGCAAAGAGAGGAUUCUUUUUCGCUCAUGUAGGCUGGUUGUUUACUUCACCCCAUCCAGACGUCGUUGCUAAACGUCAAGCUGUUGAUAUGAGUGAUCUCAUUGCUGACCCAAUUGUUAUGUGGCAAAAAAAGCUCUACAUUCCACUAUUUGCUUUGCUGACCAUUGGAUUACCAGUAUGUGUACCCUGGUAUUUUUGGAAUGAAUCACUAUGGACGUCAUUUUGGGUGAAUUUUAAUUUCCGUUUUUGCGUGACUUUGAAUAUCGCAUUUUUUGUCAAUAGCGUUGCACAUUUAUGGGGUCAAAGACCAUAUGAUAAAGAUAUAUCCCCAGCUGAAAAUUUAAUGGUAUCGAUAGCAGCAUUGGGCGAAGGCUGGCACAAUUAUCACCACGUAUUUCCAUGGGAUUAUAAGACUGGGGAAUUAGGUAGCUACUCAUUCAACAUAACAACUGCUUUCAUUGAUGCAUUUGCGCGGAUUGGAUGGGCCUACGAUUGUAAAUAUGUAUCACCGGAAAUGGUACGUAGACGCGCUGAUCGAACUGGCGAUGGCACUCAUUCUCACGAUCAAAAUGUAUGGGGGUAUGGUGAUAAAGAUAUACCUUAUGAUGAUCUCAAAGAACUUGACACCAUGGACUCUCAUAGUCAUUAAUAUUUAUUUGUAAUUGCUAAUUACAUUUUUUUUAAUUAUUCAAUAAUUAAUUUUUUUCUUAAAGUUAAAUUUUUUUCGAAAUUUAAUUAAAAAAUAUUUUGAAUUUAAAACGAUAAAUAAAUUUUUUAUUUUUUAUCAAAGCAAAAAAAUAAUUCUCAUUUACAUUUUAAGGAACGUAAAUGUCUUGGAUAUUAUAAACUUAGAAUUGUAAAUGUAUUCAAUAAUUUUUUUUCUUUUUUUUUUUUUUAAUUGUAUAUUAUUAUUAGUUUGUAUACGACUUACGUCGAGAAUACUUGAAACCGAAGUUUAAGUAAACUAGAUUUUUCAUUUCAUUAAAAAAAAAAAAAAAUAUUUAUUUAUCACAAAGUCAUCAAUAUAAUUAUUAAUUUAACGUAUUAAAAAACUAUAUAGUAUUUUUUUACUGUCAUCCAAGUAACUUUAAUUCACUUAAUUUAAUAUAAAUAUUGAUUAUACUGGAUAUAAUUUAUAAUAUUUUUUUUUUGUUAUUAAUGGCUGUAAUAGUAUUUAAAAAAAAAAAGAAGUUUAUAUUAAAAACUCGACAGUAUUCAUUAAGUCACGUCGGUUUGGAAAUAUUAAAAUUUCCCUUUUUGUUAUUGAUUUGUUAAAUAAAUAUACAAUAUAUAUAUUUAUAUGCAAUAAAAUAAAGAAUAAUAUAUUAUGUAAUUAAUAAAUAAAUAUUGAAUAAAUAAAAUGAUUAUUUAUAAAGUUUAUUUAAUUAUUGGCUGACAAAAAGUCAUUUAAAUAAUAAAAAUAUUUAUGUAUAUACAUUGUCGUGCUGUAUUCUAUAAAUGUGCUUGAAAGGAAAUGACAAUGUUAAUUAACGUUGAAGAGUACAAGUUUAAUGAAAUUUUAAAACCGGGUCACAAGGGUUAAAUAGAGUACCGAUCGUUUGUGAAGAAACAUUAUACGUGGCCUCACAGUCUUUAUUAAGCCGUUCCAAUGGUUAUUUUAUUCCCGUAAUUCAUUCAGGUAACACAUGAGUUAAAACGCUGUGAUUUUUUAAUGUUACUCUAGUGUAAUAAAAUAAUUAAGUUUUUGAAUAUUAACUAUAGUAAUAGUUUUAGUAAAUAGU